UUAUUUGGUGGGGUCUGGGCCGCGUGCGCCCCCUGUAGGAGCGGGCGGGCGGCCCCUUUUGUUUGGCGGGGUUGACGAGCUCCCACUUUUCCCUCAGAAGGGGUGAUGGAGGCCCAGAGGCUGCUCGAAGGCCCGACGCUGUCGUCCGAGUACUUUCAGAAUUGGUACGGGAGCUCCGACCCGCUGCCGCCGCGUCUCCAGCAGACCCAGGCCCAGUCAGCCACAGGGCCCGAUCCCGACAGCCUGGAAGAGGCCGCAACCCCAGAGGCCGGACAAGCAGCUCCAAAACGUAAAAGAGGAAGACCUCCAGGACUACAAAAAAAUAAGACUGAGAAAAAUAAGUCUGAGGGUGCAAGCACCAAACGAAGCAAAACCGAUGGGAACUCAGGAGGCAAGCAAGAAAAAAUCACUGAUGCUUUUAAAGUCACAAAAAGAAAAAUCGAUCGAUUCAAUGGAACAACCGAAGCUGAGCUUUUAACAAAAACCUUACCAGAUAUAUUGACCUAUGGUUUAGACAUUGUGAUUAUUGGAAUUAACCCAGGGUUGAUGGCAGCAUACAAAGGACAUCAUUACCCUGGACCAGGAAAUCAUUUUUGGAAAUGCUUGUUUUUGUCUGGUCUUAUUGAUAAGCCUUUAAGUCAUCUGGAUGAUGCUUCUUUACCAGAAAAAUAUGGAAUAGGUUUCACAAACAUGGUAGAGAGAACUACUCCAGGAAGCAAGGACCUCAAAAGCAAAGAGAUUCGGGAAGGAGGAAAAAUACUUCUGCAAAAACUACAGAAAUUUAAGCCGCGAAUUGCUGUGUUUAAUGGGAAAUGCAUCUAUGAAAUUUUUAGCAAAGAAGUUUUUGGAGUUAAAGUGAAGAAAUUGGAGUUUGGGCAACAGCCGCACAAGAUCCCUGAAGGAGAAACGGUGGUCUAUGUCAUGCCUUCUUCAAGUGCAAGGUGUGCGCAGUUUCCUCGGGCCCAGGACAAGGUACAUUAUUAUAUCAAGCUAAAAGAACUACGAAAUCACUUGAAGGGCAUUAAAACUCCUACAGAGGUCACUGAAGUAGAAUACUCAUUUGACUUGCAAAAAGCUCAAGCGGAAGCCAAGAAAAUGGCAAUUAAAGAGGAAAAGUAUGACCCUGGAUAUGAAGCUGCUUAUGGUGGUUCAUACAUUGAAAAAUCCACUGAAAUCAAUGGGCAGUGCAGUUUUGCUACAACUGAACUAGGUGCAUCCAGCAAUUCCGAGUUCAACACUGGUUCAAUGUUUUGCCAAGUUCCUGAUGGCCAGUGGAUGACCCAAUCAUUUGCUGAUCAGAUUCCUUCAAUCAACAAUUACUGCACAGAGUCUCAAGAAGAAAAUAGCACAUAAUGAAUUGACUGGUUUGCAUAACUUAAUGUUACUGCAGUUUUAAUGCAGUCUUAAAAGUACUGUACCUCAGUUUUUGAACUGAAGAGGUUUUAUCUUUUUACCUAUUGUUAUCUAGAAUUAUAUGUAAUCUUAAUCAUGUAGUAAAGGUCAGAAAGCUGAAUUCUUAAACUUUUAGAGCAAAACUGCCCAAAAUAUUUAUACAUCAAAGAAGAAACCAGAUAUGGUUUGUUUUGUUUUUAACUUAAUAUGAUCAGGUGCUCAUUUUAUUCCUGGAAUUAAUUUGGGGUUUCUAGCUAGUUUAGAUUCUCUUUUGCUCAAGUGUUGCAAUUAUGAGGCUAUUCAGCCAUCCCGAAAUUCCUUCUGUUAACGUUAGCAACAGGUUAGAAUAUUAUCAGUUUUGGUCAAAAUAACGGUGGGAGUUCAACAGAAAUCUUGAUGACCCAUUAAACUGGAUUGAAACAGUGCUGUUUAAGACCUUGCUUAUUUGAAGUUCUUGUAAUAUUUGCAUUUCUCAGGAUGUGUGCACAUCAGGUACUAUUAAUAGCAGUUUCACUUUCAUGUCAGUUCAGACCACCUUAAUCUUGGGUUUAUUUGACCAAAGGGGUGCUUUUUUUUUUUUUUUUUUGAAAAAAGAACCAUAUUAAUUAUGGGUCCAGGUGUCCAUUGGCUUAUGCAAAUUCAACAAUAAAAUCAAAGCAGUUUUAAUUCGUUAUUUUAAGUUUGUUUUGAAAUGUUAGUAUUGGGGGCAUGUUGCUUCUCCUUAGAAAAUUGAAACUCUUGAGCAAGAUGAAAUUUUUUUUUUCAUAGACUCAGCCUUUUUCUCGUGUCUUUAAGGGUGAGAAGGUGCUAUGGAUUUGCAAAAAUAAUAAGUUUAACAAAUGAUGUUUUACAUUUGAAUGGAUGUUCUUUAAUACUUUAAUUUUUUAACUCAAUGUUGCUAAUUUAAUUCAUAUUUUAGCAAUAAAUUCUCCCUUUGUGUUUUUAUUAA